UGCAUGCUGACUUUUCCACGCGGGGACAGGCUCUGUUACCUCUCGCACACUAUUUCUUCACCAAAGGACCAGCGUGAGGACACAGCAUGCUGUCGUCCCUGAAGACUCUGCUGCUGCUCUCGGUCCUUUGCGCACCGACCUCCAGCCUGUGCCUGCGCUUCUACCCGACGCGCUCCCGUCUCCUCUGCAACGACUACAUGGCAAUCGGGGUCGGGAGUGACAAAAGCGAGCCCGACUACUCUACAACGGACGGGUGGGGGUCCCUCCUGCAGUCCGCGGAGUAUCUCACUUCUUCUUCAUCCUUAUCUGCUGAAUCCAGUCGGGAAAAAAGGACUUCCAGUCCCGCAAACUACCGCUUCAUGAGCCGGACGAAGCUCAGAGGGCAGAUGAUGCGCAACAAUUUGAACAAAGGGGACCGCAGGAGUAGACUGACCCUGUCCCUGGACGUCCCGACCAACAUCAUGAACGUCCUCUUCGAUGUGGCCAAAGCCAAAAACCUGCGCGCAAAGGCGGCGGAGAACGCGCGUCUCCUGGCGCAUGUUGGACGGAGAAAAUAAAAAAACAACGGACAACUUCUCGGCGCACUACAUUUCUUAUCAAGGGAAACAACUUUAAAAAUACAGAUUCAGUAACGAUGAGUAAUUUGGUCUAAAGUUUCAUGUCUGUAAGUUUGUGUUUUUUUUCAUAUCCUCAAGGAGUGAAGAAAGAUAAACAACUUUUAAUUU